AUGACUUUCCUGACUCGGGCAAGAAAACAGUCCGAGAUUCGCCCUGUUCCUUGUGAACCAUCCAACCUCGCCAGGAGAAAUAAAAAAUUUGCAUUUGAAUUGACGUCGUCUGGCCGGACUGGAUUCGUCCCCUACUUCCUGGGGCUUUACCGCUACAACGGCGUGUGGCGUUGGAGCGGCGGCCAGCUCAUGAGCGGCGUGACCAGCUCGGGGCAUUGGUGGCCCGGCGACCCCAAUGAAAAUGCGGACUGCGCUGUCAUGGAACUCAAUCCCGGUCAUCCAGGGUUUAUUCCCAAACUGGCGGACACCCCAUGCACGGAUACUGCGUGGAACACACAUGAUAUCGAAGACGUUUUCAGCGGGGCUACGAGGGCCCAGGUGACUGAGGUCUACCCAAAUCUCUGGUCUGAGAACAGCGACGUACAGACUGUCGUGGAAGACGUGCAAGCCAUUGCCGCAUCAGACCCUCACUGCUCUUCCUGGGGGUCUAACAACGCAUCUUCCGAAGACAUCCUCAUGGAGAUCGGGACGUCGUCUUGGAACCGUUCGGUUUGCGCCGUUUUCCACAUGGAAAAAAAGUCCACCGUAGUCGUAGGCAUGAAAGUAUGGAUGGUCCUCGUUUUUCUAGUUCAUCUCUUCAUAGAAUUAUUCUACCUCAUGAAAACGUCUCAGCCUGUCACGGAUGUUCAUCGAGUGAGCCGAAUGCUGCGGUUCCCUCUGAUGCUGGUGUUCGUGCUUUCGCUCAGCAAAGCUGAUUUCUGGCUGGGCUGCAGGCAGGACUUGAUCUGGCAAAUGGGAGUGCUGGCGGUAUUAUUGUCGUCAUUUCACGUGGUUUUAACUUUGAAUAAAGUGCCUCGAUUUUCAGGCUUUAUGCCCGUUGAUGCAAUGCAUUUGUUUCGAUUCUCAUUAGCAUUUGUACCUCUUAUUCUUUUCCAGCUGCUUUUGACGAAAAACGCUUCGUUCAGUUCUGUUCUUGUUUCGUUUUUCAAAAUGAUCACUCGGAUGUUGGGAGACCUUGGUUACGACACCUUCCAGGACGACCAAUCCCCAGUGAACUUCCCAAUCAUGACUCAAAUUCUGUUCCUAAUAUUUAUUAUAUUGGAAGCCCCCGCCCUCAUCUCUAUACAUUUCGCCAAGUCGGAGACUACGCCACUAACAUCAAAGGACGCGGAGGAAGAUGACGCUCAACGCGGUAACGAAAUGGAUAUCGAUGAAGCCAUUGUAAGCGGCAACGUGGAGGAAGUGAAAAGACUUAUUACCAAAAGUUCCGACCCAGACACAAUGAUCAGAGAUAAAAAAUUGCUUCACAAAACUGUAUCGUUUGGGAAGCGAAAGAAUUUCGUAGUGCUGAAUAUUCUGUUAAAACAUGUUUCGCUGGAAACUCUCACACAGAGAUACGAAAACGAUAAAACAGUUCUUCACAUUGCUGUAGAAAAAGGCCACGAUCACUUCUGCGAAUUAAUUCUCAAAAAAAACAAGGCCUUGCUUACUUCUGUAGAUAAAGAAGGUGAUACACCUCUCCAUUACGCUGCUAAAUAUGGUCAGACGAAUGUAUGUAAGAAAAUACAUGCAUAUUUAACUCCAGAAGUCAUCAACCAACAAAAUGCAAAGAACUUUACCCCACUACAUUUUGCAGCGCGAGAAAAAAGGCAUGGUAUUAUGAAGAUCUUAUUGGAGAAAGGGGGAGAUCCGAGAAUGACCACUAAGCAAGGCUAUACCCCACUUCAUUUUGCCGCUCGUAGCGGAUCACUGGACUGCGUCACUCAGCUGCUCGCGACUCAAACCUGUUCCGAAGGCGAAAAGGAAUACGUAAACAUGCAGACUGAACAACUAAAGACUGCUUUAAUGUUCGCUGCGCAGUCCGGCUUCGCAACGAUAUGCAAGAAACUUUCUGCUACAGAUGUUACAAUUUCCGACGUUGACGGAAAAACAGCUCUUCAUUUUGCGGCAACCAAAGAUAUCAUUCCUGUGGCACAGUUUCUCAUUGAUGAGCUAGGUGCUGAUUGUUUUCAACGAGACGGCAAACAGGAACGGCCUCUGGACAUUGCACUGACAAAAAAAAAUGACAAGUGUUUCAACUUUUUCCUGCAAAAGAUUCCAGAUGAAAAAUUAGAUGACAAUGUCAUAAAGAACCUUGUGGUAUUGGCUGCUGGCAGUUCACUAAAGUGUUUUCGAUAUAUGGCUGAGCGGCAAAGCUUUCAUAAAUAUUUGGAAAGUUUCAAAGAUGACAAAAAUAAUAACUUGUUACAUCUCACAAUUGCUAACAAGAGCUACGCUACAGCUAAGCAAUUGCUGGAAAAAAAUGUUUCAUUUGAUAGGCUUGCGACUAAUGAAGAUGGAGAGACACCACUACACCUGUUGGCGAAGCAGUCCACAGCCUGUUUGAACUGCCACGAAGAAGAUAUUCAGUGGGUAACUCGAAAUCUGUUGCGGAACUCUCAUGAUAUCGUCAACAUGCCUAAUAAAAAGGGGGAAACUCCUCUGCACUUGGCAGCUCAGGCUGGGAAUCUAGAAAUUCUCAAAUCGCUUCGUCGCAAAGACCCAGAAGUCCUUAAAGUUACCAAGCAAAACCUAACCGCUCUCCAUUAUGCAGCCCAACAAGGUCACGCUGAUAGUCUUAAAUUGCUCCUCCGUUCUCUGAAAACCGCCGAUUUUGCGAAGCUACGUGAAAUUCAAGUACACCCGUUGCAUUUGGCAUCAAAAAAUGGACACUUAGAGUGCUGUAAACUGCUUACUAGCUCAGGGAGUGAAGACGGCACAGAUAACACGCUAUUUUCCCCCAACCAAGGCGGCAAGUAUCCCGUGGACCAUGCGUUCAAAGGCAAGCAUGCUGAGCUCUUCCAUUUCCUGCUCUGCAAAAUGAAAUUCAAUAAGAAGCAUGAAGAACUAUCCGGGCGUUUGCACCACUACUUUGAAAAAUGUGUACAAGCAUCAGAUAGGUGA